UUACAGACACAUUGUAAAAUCCGAAAUUACGCAGAAAGCAAAAGAAGAGCAAAUACCCAAUCUUUCUGUCUUUAUCUCUGCUUUCCUUUGUGCUUACUCAUUCCCCCCACUCACUCACUCAUUUCAUCUUUCGUGGGACUGAACUCUCUCACCAAGUGAUGUUCACUCUCUACUUAUUUGAUCAUUCCCUGCUAUCCAUUUCUUCAGUUUUAUAUGGCCAAUUCAGAUGCAUAAUGCCACAUGACCAAGACAAAAAUCACACCACACACACUUUCUUCAAUUUGGCUUACAAUGAAAUUUCCUGGGAUGACCAUGUCCCAUGUUUCAUGCUGUUAUUAAAUAGGUAUCAUUUUUCUUCAUUGCUUUUUCUCUUGCACUUCAAUUAUUACUCUAGUGGGACCUUAAGCUAAGCUUGUUAUGAUAUAAUGAUCCAUCAAGAUUGUCUUGCUUUGUCUGUUUAGUUUAUUAACCAUACUUAGUUGCCUCUGUUGUUUUUAAAGAAUUGCGCCUGUUAAAUAUUUGUAUCUUUGGCUUAUUGAGAAGAGGAAAGUGGGGUUUUUAUAGGAGUUUUAUUGUCCUAUGCUUUAGUCUUUGGUUUCUUGAGCAACAAAAAUCAAAAUUUAUAUAACUAGAAUCAGUGGAAUGUUUGUUUUUCCCGUCUCAUUUUCUCAAUAGACCGACCAUUACGGAAUUUUUCUUUCUCUGGUUAAAGGCUGAGAAGAUGGAAAGUUAUUUGAGUCCCGUUGGAUGCAAAUUUGAAGCAGAGAAUUUUCUGUUUAAAUUGUAAUCAUCUGGUUCUUUCAUCUUCUAUUUUCCAGAUUUUCUUGAUUGAAUAGAAGGAUUUGGAUAUCGCAUCCUUUUUACGCUGAAAUUAGUAGCAUGUGAUAUUCCCGUGAUUCUUGAACUUACUAAUGAGAGUGAUUGCAUAAAAGAAAGAAAGAAAGAAAGAGUUGAGUUGAUGUUGGUGUGGAACAUGAUGGAUGAAAGGAAGUUGAACAUUGAUGCUCCUCUUAUGUCGGUGAGACGGUCUUUUGGUACACCUCCAUCCUUAACUGAAACAAAUAGAAGGAUGUUAGAGAAGCCACAAACACUUCCACACUGUGAAUCAGACACCACUUUGGAUCAGGUAACAGACCCUGUUGCAGUGCCUUUCAAUUGGGAGCAUAUCCCUGGAAGGCCGAAGGAUUAUGAUGGAUCUGAAACUCAACCUCCUAUACAAGCUUCAAUUGCCCCAACCCCAACUCUUCCCCCUGGAAAGUCCACAAAUCAUACCAAACAACCAUUGGAAAAGGACACUAAUGUUGCAAAUAACUUUAGAUGCCCAACCACAUCAAAUUCUUUUAGUGAGAAAAUAGACCGUGACAGAGAACGCAAAGAUGUGAAAACAGAAAAGGUGGAAGAGAACGAUGACUAUGAUGAUGAUGAUGGUGAUGUUUUUUCUGAUGCCCUUGAGACACUCUCACCUACGGAACCAUUGUCCAUGAAUUGUAGUUUAAGUGGUGUUAGUGGCUUAGAUAACCUGGAUUCAAAUAUGUGUGGAGCCUCGUCUACUGAUAAACAAGCUCAUGAUUUCAUGAUGAGCCGGUUUUUACAUGCAGCAAAGGCUAUGACAAUCCAGCCUCCUCAAUAUGUUUCUUCUAGAAAACAAUCUGUUCUGCAAGAACAACCUAGGGAGUUUAUCAAAUUGGUUCCUGAGCAAAAGAAGUCAUUUGUUAAUAGAUAUAUCACCGACAUUGUACCAUAUAAUGGUCAAUGUCAAGAAGAUGAAGAAGAGGAAAGUGGAGAUGAAACUAAUGAUUAUGCAAAUAUUUCAGCUAAAGGUUGCGGAUUGCUUCCUAGAUUAUGUGUUAGAAAUUCAUUGUGCAUGCUAAAUCCAGUGACUGGGACAAAAAUGGGGAAUCAGUUAUCAUUGUAUUCUGCCUAUGAGGUUGGAAAACCUGAUAAAAGUUCUCAUAUUCGCUCUCACCGACCAGCUCCAGUUAUAAAGAAGGCUUGGGAUGCUAUUAAUAUGAGGAAAUCAAGCUCAAGAGCUGCAUCACCAGAGAAGCAGGAUCUAAGGAAAAAAUGGACUAGUGAAUCAAGCAGGUAUACUUACUCUGGUGAAAUGAAGCAGCUGGGUAGGCUCUCUCCCUUUCGUCGUUCAAGAACUGCUGGUGCUGGUGCUGGCAUGUCUCCUUUUCCAAGUAAAUCUCAACCUCUCUUUCCUGGUGAUUCCAAACAAGCUCACAAUAAUCUUUCGGGCAAAUUGAAAUUUCCUAGCAGAGGAUCUGCAAGUAUUCAAGAGAUGCUAUCACAUGGAGCCAAAAGAAGCUCAAGUUCCGGGAGCUUUACUAUUGAAAAGACACUGUACAUAGAUACUGCGAGUACUGUAAAAUCGUCAUGCUCUAGUUCACGUUCAUUAGGAAGCGCAACAGUGGCAGGAAAAGAAAGAAAUUCCUUACUAGAUUCUUUUCGAGAUAUCAAACACCUACAUGCUUUGGACGAGAAUUUGGGUUCUCAAGAUUUGAAUUCUGUGGAUGUCAAUUCUUCAACUUUACCAAGCAUGGUAUAUCUCAUGGCCAAAGAAGAUAAAGCUGAUCAAGAAAUUAAUCAAGAAUCCACGUCCUUGCAACUUGUGCCAAGUUCAUUUGACAAAGAUGCAGAGAUCAACAACCAACAAAUUGUAGUAAUUGAUGAUCAACGAAAAGUUGGCACUGAAUAUGUUCUACAUCCUCUUGCUCCACCAUUGCCAAAGUCACCUUCUGAGUCCUGGCUUUGUCGUGCCCUGCCUCUGGUUUCUUCUAAGAAUUCAUUCCCUCAUAAAAAUCAAGGUACACAAUCCAAGUCUAAAAGACAGGGUUUUAGUAGAGCAUCAAGUUAUACUAAGUGGGAAACAAUAGUGAAAUCUUCGAACGUGAAUCAUGAUCAAAUAAGCUGUUCUAAGGAACUAGUCGUGUAUAGAUCUCAGCAUUCGAAAUCUUAGACAUGGAAGGCUGGCGUUUAUACCAUGCUAUGAUCCAAAGCUUUUUAUGUCCUUUAUUUUUUCAGCCUCAUGGGAUUUGGUUCUCCUCCACCUAUUGCUUGUUAUAGAUUUUACACAGGAAUGAAUAUAACUUUUGGUGAUAAAUAAAAGCAAACAAAGCUUCUUUGGACUAGUGGUACUUUAGGUGAAUUCAAAAUUUCAUAAGCAACCUCCGGAGGUUCAUUCGCACUAUUAUAGUGUCUUCCUUGUGAACCUUUGUUUUUUUUAUCUGAUCUAAUCUUAAGGUAUCGGUAUUUUAUAUAAGCGAAUGUAUAUAUAAACUACAUUAGUCAUUGCUAUUAUUGAUGUUGAAUUGUUUCUUCUUUACAUACAACAUUUCAUGCAAAA